AUGAAGCCGGACUCUCUGUUGUCGGCGUUUGCGCUGCUGCUCACGGGCAUCAAUGCCUCGAGAGUCGGCAUCCCUGGUGGCCGACCUCGUGAGAUUGUGCUCGACAGCAGAAAUGAGAAGCUUCAGGAUAUUGUCACAUGGGACGAAUACUCUCUUUAUGUCCAUGGGGAGCGUGUCAUGAUCUUCUCCGGCGAAGUUCACCCUUUUCGUCUACCCGUGCCGUCUCUGUAUUUUGACUUGUUUCAGAAGAUCAAGGCACUUGGAUUUAACACGGUAUCGUUUUAUGUGGAUUGGGCGCUUUUGGAAGGCAAGCCGGGCAAGUUUCGUGCCGAUGGCAUCUUUGACCUGGAGCCUUUCUUUGAAGCUGCUACCAAAGCUGGCAUUUAUUUGCUGGCUCGCCCGGGGCCUUAUAUUAAUGCCGAAGUGUCAGGAGGCGGAUUUCCCGGCUGGCUGCAGAGGGUCAAGGGCAUUCUUAGAACUGAUGCUCCUGAUUAUCUACAUGCCACAGACAAUUACAUGGAACACAUCGCCUCGAUCAUUGCAAAGGCGCAAAUCACAAACGGAGGGCCCGUGAUUCUGUAUCAGCCAGAGAACGAGUAUAGCGCCGGCAAUGCGGGUGUUCUGUUUCCUAACAAACCGUAUUUCCAAUACGUUAUUGACCAGGCGCGAAGUGCUGGCAUUGUUGUCCCCUUAAUCAACAAUGAUGCUUUUCCCGGCGGCACAAGCGCCCCUGGUACAGGCCUUGGAUCUGUAGAUAUCUACGGCCAUGAUGCUUAUCCCGUUGGUUUUGAUUGCGCCCAUCCUUAUACCUGGCCAGAAAACGGGCUGCCUACUACAUAUCAUUCGCAGCACCUCAGUAUGAGCCCAAAUACACCGUUUUCUCUUGUCGAGUUCCAAGGCGGUUCCUUUGAUCCGUUCGGUGGAUGGGGCUUCGAACAAUGCUCUGUUUUGGUUAACCAUGAGUUUGAGAGAGUAUUUUAUAAGAAUAAUUAUGCAGCUGGUGUGACCAUAUUCAACCUAUACAUGAUAUUUGGCGGCACCAACUGGGGCAAUCUCGGCCACCCUGGUGGUUAUACAUCAUAUGACUACGGAUCUAGUAUCAGAGAGGACAGAACCGUCGACAGAGAAAAGUAUUCAGAGCUGAAAUUGCAAGGCCAGUUCCUAGAAGUCUCCCCUGGAUAUAUGACCACUACUCCGGGCAACGUAACAACAGGUGUAUAUAGCGACAACCAAGACAUUGCGAUAACGCCACUCUUGGCAGAAGAGAGCGGCAAUUUCUUUGUGGUACGCCAUGCAAACUACUCGAGUACAGAAUCGACGUCGUAUACGGUCAAGUUACCGACUUCUGAUGGGGAAAUCACCAUCCCUCAGCAAGGCGGCUCACUUACUCUAAAUGGUCGAGACUCCAAGUUUCACGUCACCGAUUACCCCGUAGGAAACUAUACACUGCUGUAUUCAACUGCAGAGAUAUUUACAUGGAAAACAUUUGCCGAUAAGACAGUUCUGGUUCUUUACGGCGGCGCAGAUGAGCUGCACGAAUACGCUGUCAAGAAUCCCUUUGCUGGCACGAAAGCCACAAAAGUCAACAAGAUUGAAGGAAGCGGUGUUACCAUCCACACUGCCAAGGAUUUGACUCUUGUUCUUCAGUGGAUGGCUUCCCCCUCCAGGCAAAUUAUCCAGCUGGGUGAUUUGGUCAUCCACAUGGUUGAUCGUAACUCUGCAUACAACUAUUGGGUUCCCACUCUCCCAGGAAGCGGCAACCAGCCCGCCUACGGCAGCUCUUUGAUGAAUCCCGCUGCUGUCAUUGUAAAUGGGGGCUACCUUGUUCGCUCCGUAGCGAUUCAAGGCUCAGCUCUCUCCUUGCAGGCAGAUUUCAACGUUACAACACCGCUAGAAAUCAUCGGCAUCCCACAGGGUGUUUCUCAGCUUGUCGUUAAUGGAGAAGAGCUAGACUACACAGUUUCAGAACUCGGAGACUGGAUCACCAACCCAACCAUUGAGCUUCCAGAUGUCCAGGUCCCGGAGCUAUCAUCACUUACAUGGUACCACUUAGACUCUCUUCCGGAAAUUCACAGCAACUACGAUGAUUCCCACUGGCAGGUUGCCAACCACAAAACGUCCAACAACUCCAUCGCACCUCUCAAGACACCCGUGUCGCUAUACGGCUCAGACUACGGCUUCAACACCGGAACGCUCCUCUUCCGCGGCCGCUUCACAGCGUCCACCGCUCAGCAGCAGCUUUCCCUCACCACCCAAGGAGGAUCCGCCUUUGCAAGCUCCGUGUGGCUCAACGACCGGUUUAUCGGCUCAUUCAAGGGCUUUGACGCCGCAGAAAGCGCCAACUCCUCCUAUGAGCUCCAUCACCUCGUUCGCGGUCGGCGCUAUACCCUCACCAUCGUUGUCGACUCCACGGGUCUCCAUGAGAACUGGGACAUUGGCCUCGAUGGCAUGAAAUCCCCCCGCGGCAUCAUCGACUACGCCCUCACCUCCUCCAAGGGUACUCACGUACCCAUCUCCCCCUGGAAACUCACCGGUAAUCUCGGUGGUGAGGACUACCGCGAUAUUUUCCGUGGUCCUCUCAACGAAGGUGGCCUCUACUUCGAGCGGCAGGGAUUCCACCUCCCGUCCCCUCCGCUUCACGCCUUCUCCCGCGGCUCUCCGUACAACGGUAUUCCUCACGCCGGCAUUGCCUAUUACACUGCCAAGUUACAUCUCGACAUCCCCGCCGACAAAUAUGACGUUCCGCUAUCCUUUGUCUUUGACAACACCACCAGUGCCGCACCAUAUCGGGCUUUGUUGUACGUCAACGGCUUCCAAUACGGUAAGUACGUGAGCAAUGUUGGCCCUCAGACCGAAUUUCCCGUCCCGGAGGGCAUCCUCAACUACAAUGGUGAUAACUGGAUCGGCAUUGCGCUCUGGGCACUGGAAAGCCACGGUGCCAAAGUCCCAGGGCUGAAACUCAAGAGCCGAUCGCCGAUCCUCACGAGCAGGAGCAAGGUAGAACUAGUCGAGGGGCCGGCAUACAAGAAGAGAUACGGAGCAUACUGA